UCUCUCUCAUCUCUUCCAGGAAGCCCCCUCUGGUGUUGAGGGCUCUGAGGGUGGGGGCUAUAGAACCUGAGACAGUGAGGCAGGCUUUGAACCACCGACCAAACCGAGGAUGAUGACACCCUUCCCCACCACACACUGUGAGUGGCACCAAGAGCUCGAGGAGGGGAGAUACUUUCGUUUCAACCCAGGAAGGGAGGGUGUGUGAGAGUCAGUUGCCGGGAACUGAACUGGUGAAACAGAACCAGUCUGGUCUUAAGGAGCACGGGCCCCUCUGAGUUGCCCCAACUGCUUGCUGGCUUCUUUGAUUUCUGAGCUCAGAGGACCCAGGAGUCUGGGUGCACAGCCUCUUUUCUCAGAGACCCCGGAGUCUGGAUCACCAGCCCCUUCAUCUCUCAAGACCCAGAAAGCCGGCGCUCAGCCCCAUGGAGCCCUGUCGUCCCCUGGCCCUGCUGGCGGGCUCCCUGGCCCUGACAUCUAUCCUGGUGGCUCUGAGCACGGACUACUGGUUUGUGGCCAUUGGGCCUCACGAUUCAUCUCAUUCGGGCCUCUGGCCAAAUGGGGAUAAGCACCCGGUAGCAGGCUAUAUCCGCGUGACGCAGAUCUUCAACAUUCUGGCUGCCCUGUGUGGCCUGGUAUCUGUGGGCCUCCUGGUCCUGUCCUGUAUCCCCUCGCUGUCUGCCCCGGGCCGCGGCCCCCUUGUCUCAUCCAUCACAGCCUUCACUGCAGCGCUCUCCAUUAUGGUGGCCAUGGCUGUCUAUACCGGGGAACGGUGGAGCCAACCUCAACAGUCCCAGAUCCAGACCACCUUCUCCUGGUCCUUCUACCUGGGCUGGGUUUCGGUUCCCCUCUGGAUGAGUGCAGGUGGCCUGGGUCUGUUUGUUCACUGCUCUGCCACCCAGCCUGGCUACGACACCUUGUGAGCCGCAGGUGAAGACAGCAGGAUGAGUCUGAAAGGCAUCAUCAGAUUCACAGGUGACCACAGGGUCACCUGGCCCUCCCUUGGCCCUCACCCCCAGCCCUUCCACAGCCCCUCUGUUUGUUUCCUCAC